GAACGAUUUUUKCAUCGUGCCCGUCGUUUGGGUGCUGUACCGUACUCGUACGCCACGCUCGGAGCACAACCAUACUCGCAUCGGYACUCGUACUUCCACCAGGGACACCGGGAGAUAGCACAGCACAGCACCGCUGCCAUUGCACCACACAACCCACAAUCCUCCACGACACCAAAGCAGACCYMUUUCCUACACCACCAUGACGACGAUUCCGAGACCGCACCCGGGCUUCCUGCUCUGCCUGCUUCUGUCCCUCCUGGUGGCCGGGGCGGGGGCCUUUUGCCCUUCCUCGGCGGUGGCGGCGGGCCCUUUCCGCUCCGGGAGCCCGGGCACCACCGGCCUGGCCGCCCUGGACCCCCAGCAGGCCUGGGAGGCCUACAACGCCGCCCUGGAGACCGACCCGCUCCUGGUCAAGAGCGCCACCGCGGGCGUCAUCCUGGGGGCCGCCGACCUGGCCGGGCAGGCGAUCGAGGGGGCCAAGAYYGACGCCGACGCCSAGACCGACAGCGGGGGCAUCGACGCCGGCCGAACGGCCCGGUUUGCCUUUUUCGGCUUUGUCCUGCAGGCGCCCUGGAACCACUUCUACUACCUCUUUUUGGACGGGGCGAUCCCCCCCACCGCCGAUCCCUGGACCGCGACGACGGCCGUCAAGACGGUCAUCGACCAGUUCGUCCAGGCGCCGRUCUUUACGGUGCUGAUCUUUGCCUUUCUGGGCCUCCUGGAGGGAAAGACCCUCCAGUCCAUCCGAAAGCAGCUGGAGGACGACUAYGCCGACACGAUGGUGGCGAACUGGAAGCUAUGGGUCCCCGCCACGGUGGUCAACCUGGCCUUUGUCCCUCCCCUGCUGCGGGUCUUGUACCUGAACUGCGUCUUUUUCUUCUGGUCCAUCUUUCUCUCCCUCAAGCUCAACAAGGACGGGAGCGGCGCCGACGGCGAGUCGGUGUGAGCCUUGUGUGAGCGCGGCGUGCCGUGGCGUGGCGUGCCGUGGCCUUGCGAACGAGCAAAAGUGCUGCCCGCGGCAGAGCCGGGGGAGAAAGGAAUCCUUUUCUGGCGGCGAGCGACGGAACCACUGGCGAACGAACGCAUCCAUCCUCAACRGACGAACGACGGUAUCUCUCGAUCGGCAACAAGGAAUCCCUCUCGUCGCUGAAAGUACUGCUCUCGGCUCUCUUGUUCGCAAGCGAAGCCCUUCCCGGCGGACCGCCCAAGCUUGUCAAAAMCAGGAUUCCCGUUCGUCCCUAGAUGGAAACGAGAUUUAAUAACACGUAGCGCACGACCGAACAAGAGACACAGACAUACGGGGAAGUAGCAAAUGGUUCAGAUAGUUUAUUAGUUUUAUUCAUUGCCUGGUGAAUCAAUUGCCUUUCCCGAUAGUAGUAUGGAUUGGGACGGGUAUUUUCAUUGUGUUGUUUUGGCCUUUCUAUUUCAGUUUCUUCCUAUUUCAACCCGAGAAACAAUAAGCGCGAUCAAGCCUA